AAAGAGAGACGAAGAAUGGCCGGCAGCUUCUCCUGGGCUCAUUCUACCGGGCCUCGAGUGGACGACGGCCCGGUCCGAGCCCAGCGGGGCACCAAAAAAACCCUACCUUCGGCCCAGCAGACGGAGCCGAACUAUUCCUUCCCCCUUCCCCUCCUCCACGGCAGCUCCUCCUCCCCCUCCUCGCCGGCGGCUCCCUCCACCAGCACCGGCCCCGCCGCCGCGAUGCUCCGGCUCCGCUCCUCCGCCCGCCUGCUCCGCAAGCUGUGCGAGGCGUCCCGGCCGCUUGGGCGCGGCGAGGCCCAAAGAGUGCUGCCGACGAUGACGCGGGGGCUCUCCGGCGCAGCCUCCGCCGCGCGCUCGACCUCGCUCCUGCACCCGCUGCCGGGGCUCGACCUCCCGCCCUGCCUCCCCGACCAGCUCGCCCGCCUCCCCACCCGCAUCACCACGCUCCCCAACGGCGUCCGCGUCGCCUCCGAGGACGUCCCGGGUCCCACGGCGUGCGUGGGGGUGUUCGUGGCGUCGGGCUCGAUCCACGAGUCGCCCGAGUCCGCCGGCGCGACGCACCUGCUCGAGAAGCUGGCGUUCAAGGACACGGCGCACCGGAGCCACAUGCAGAUCGUGCAGGAGGUGGAGGCCACGGGGGGCAACGUCGGCGCCUCCGCCUCCAGGGAGCAGAUGGUCUACAGCUACGACACACUAAAGGCAUACAUUCCGCAGGCCGUCGAGGUGCUCCUCGACUCCGUCCGCAACCCGCUCUUCAUCCAGGACGAAGUCGACCGGCAGCUGGCCCUUACUCGAGAGGAGGUCCAGGAGGUGCAGAAGAACCCGGAGAAGUUUCUUCAGGAAGUACUUAACCUUGUUGGAUACGAGGGGGCGAUCGCGAACCCGCUGAUAGCUCCUGAGGAGGCUCUUGAGAUCAUCAAUGCCGAUAUUAUUCGGAAGUUCUACCAUGAAAACUUCACUGCUGAUCGUGUGGUUCUAGCAGCGUCAGGUGUUGAUCAUCAACAAUUGUUAGAUGUUGCAGAACCUUUGUUGUCUGAUUGGCACAAGGGGUCCCCUGUGGAAACACCAAAGUCUACGUAUACAGGUGGUGAUUUCAGACACAAAGCAGAAUCAGAUAUGACACAUGUUGCGUUGGCUUUUGAAGUGCCAGGCGGCUGGCUUAAAGAGAGAGAUGCUACAAUUAUGACCGUCAUACAGACCUUAAUGGGUGGCGGCGGCUCAUUCUCCUCUGGUGGUCCUGGAAAAGGGAUGCAUUCACGGCUUUACCUGAGAGUCCUAACUCGAUAUCAUGACGUCCAAUCAUUUUCAGCAUUCAGUAAUGUAUAUGAUAGCACUGGCCUCUUUGGUAUCUAUUUGACAACGCCACCAGAUUUUGUUGCAAAGGCUGUUGAUAUCGCUGUGCAGGAAUUGAUUGCUAUUGCAACGCCUGGACAAGUAACGGAGGUUGAGCUGACACGUGCGAAAAACUCGACGAUUUCAUCCGUGUUAAUGAAUCUUGAGUCAAGGGUGAUUGUUGCAGAAGAUAUAGGGAGGCAGCUUUUGACUUAUGGUAGCAGGAAGCCUAUCGAUCAUUUUCUUCAGUGCAUGGAGGAACUGACCCUAGAUGACAUUACAGCGUUUGCUAAGAUGUUGUUAUCUUCCCAACCUACAAUGGCUAGCUAUGGAGAUGUCGAUAAAGUUCCGCCGUAUGAGUUUGUUAGCAAGCGGUUCCAACGGUUCCGAUAGCGCCCUAACACCAUGAUCCCUGGUGAAGACGAAGACACAGAGCUCUGUUCCAGUUCUCCCUAAUACUUGGCGUUGUGCCCGGAAAUUUUCUUUGUUUUACUUGUGCGUGAACGAGGUUAGUUUUGUAUUGGCUUAGUUCAAACAGCGCAUGCUGAUGAAAUGUCUCGGUAGACAGGAAAACUAUUUUCUUGAAGCUUGUAUGGAAAUUUUGCCCUGCCAAUCUAUGUGGUCUCGUUGCCAUGUUCAAUGUUCA